GCUCAGGCGAAAGCUGUGAUUUGGCGGCGUGGUCAGAUACACAGAGAGACAGAGACACAGAGACACGGAGACACAGGGACACGGGACAGAGACACAGGGACACGGAGACACAGGGACACGGAGACACAGGGACAGAGACACGGGGACAGAAACACAGAGACACAGGGACACGGAGACACAGGGACACGGAGACACAGGGACAGAGACACAGAGACACGGGGACAGAAACACAGAGAGACAGAGACACGGGGACACAGGGACACGGGGACAGAGACACAGGGACACGGAGACACAUAGACACACAGACACAGGGACAGAGACACAGAGACACGGGGACAGAAACACAGAGAGACAGAGACACGGGGACACAGGGACACAGGGACAGAGACACAGGGACACGGAGACACAUAGACACACAGACACAGGGACAGAGACACAGAGACACGGGGACAGAAACACAGAGAGACAGAGACACGGGGACAGAGACAAGAGGACACGGAGACAAGAGGACACGGGGCUCCAAACGAGAGACUCCACGGACUGAAUGGUGACGCCGCUGGCUGUGUGAGGAUGAAGUUGCCGCUGCGCGUGGCCCUGGCGGGCUGCGUCCUGGCGCUGUGCGGGGCGCUCUACGCCCUGGGCUGGAGCUCUACUCUCCUCUUCGAGUUCAAGGGAGGAGGAGGUGGUGGAGGAGAUGGAGGAGGAGGUGGAGGAGGGGCCCAUGUGCUUAGCCGCGACCUUCACCUGCACGGUGCCGGGGCUCAGCCGCCUGUCUUGGGCGUCAGCGAGCGCCUGCGGCAGCAGCGGCGGCGGCGGCGCGCGUCCGAGACGAUGCACGUGGCAGUGGUGGCGUGCGGCCAGCGGGUCAACGAGACGCUGGUCAUGGCCAAGUCGGCCGUGCUCUUCAGCCGCAAGCACCUGCACUUCCACAUCUUCGCCGAGCGCCAACUCCACCGCAGUUUCGCUGAAAGCCUCGACUCGUGGCCGGACGAGUACCGGAGGAAGUACAACUUCUCCGUGUACCCUAUCACGUUUCCCAAGGAGUACGCUGAAGAGUGGCGACAGCUGUUCAAGCCCUGCGCCUCCCAGCGCCUCUUUCUGCCAACUCUGCUGGCCGACGUGGACUCUCUCCUCUACGUGGACACGGACAUCCUGUUCCUGCGUGCCGUGGACGAUCUGUGGGCCAUGCUGCCGGAGUUCACCGCGGCGCAGGCGGCCGCCGUCGCUCCAGAGCACGAGGAGCCGCGCGUCGGCUGGUACAGCCGCUUCGCCCGGCACCCCUACUACGGCGCCACGGGCAUCAACUCCGGCGUCAUGCUGUUCAACCUGACGCGCGUGCGGGCCGCCACGUACAAGAACGACAUGAGCCCCGUGGAGCUGCAAUGGGAUGAGAUGCUCCUGCCGCUGUACAAGAAGUACAAACUGAACAUCACCUGGGGAGACCAGGACCUCCUGAACAUCAUCUUCCACCACAACCCCGAAAUGCUCCGCGUGUUUCCGUGCGAGUGGAACUACCGGCCGGACCACUGCAUGUACGGCAGCAGCUGCAAGGGCGCCGACACGCACGGGGUCUACGUCCUCCACGGUAACCGCGGAGUCUACCACGACGACAAGCAGCCGGCCUUCCGUGCCGUCUACGACGCCAUCCACGACUUCCCGUUUGACGAGAACCUCUUCCAGUCUCUGCUCUAUCCCCUGGAGCGCCAGCUGCUCGCCACUGUGCACACUCACUGCGGACGCUCCUCACACCUCUUCACGCGCCAGCUGCAGCGCACCAUGCGGGCCGUGUACGACAAGAUGGGGCUGGCCUCCUAGGCGGCGCCGGCAGGGACACCGUGCCGCGUUCUGUGUAGGCUCCGUGCGUGCGUGCGCGUGUUGGGCGGCUGUGUGUGCGUGCGUGUGUGUGCUGUUGUGUGGGGAGUGGUAGUGUAGCGGUUAGCGCGCUGUGCUAUGAACCUGGCAACCCGGGUUCGAUUCCCGCUCACGGCGAACACCGCUGACGAUUAUUUGAACCGGUCCUGGGCCUCCCCUAGGUCGACUCAGCCUUAAAUGAGUACCUGGUGCGGUGUGUAAACAUCGCCACUGGGGAGACCAAGGCGGUCGGGCGUGGUGCUGGCCACCCACCCCCUAGUGUACCGUUCCGGCCUUCAUAGGUGCUCGCUAACAGCACUUACCCCUACAGUCUGUUAAGGCUACUCGGGGGAUCUUUGUUAUAUUUGUGCUGUUGUGUGUGCUGUUGUGUGUGCUGUUGUUGGUAGUGUAGCGGUUAGCGCUAUGCCGCGCUACGAACCCGGCCACCCGAGUUCGAUUCCCGCUCACGGCGAACACCGCUGACGAUUAUUUGAACCGGUCCUGGGCCUCCCCUAGGUCGACUCAGCCUUAAAUGAGUACCUGGUGCGGUGUGUAAACAUCGCCACUGGGGAGACCAAGGCGGUCGGGCGUGGUGCUGGCCACCCACCCCCUAGUGUACCGUUCCGGCCUUCAUAGGUGCUCGCUAACAGCACUUACCCCUACAGUCUGUUAAGGCUACUCGGGGGAUCUUUGUUAUAUUUGUGCUGUUGUGUGUGCUGUUGUGUGUGCUGUUGUUGGUAGUGUAGCGGUUAGCGCUAUGCCGCGCUACGAACCCGGCCACCCGAGUUCGAUUCCCGCUCACGGCGAACACCGCUGACGAUUAUUUGAACCGGUCCUGGGCCUCCCCUAGGUCGACUCAGCCUUAAAUGAGUACCUGGUGCGGUGUGUAAACAUCGCCACUGGGGAGACCAAGGCGGUCGGGCGUGGUGCUGGCCACCCACCCCCUAGUGUACCGUUCCGGCCU